ACUUUGAUGUGUACGUAUGUGUUAUAGAUGGAGGGCGGCAUUUUAAAUUUGUUUUGCUGAAUAGGGAAACGUCAUGGAAAACGAAGUUACUAUUGUUGUGAAAUGGAGUGGGAAGGAGUACAGUAUCAAUAAUCUUUCGGAGAGUGACACUGUUCAGACUUUAAAGAAUGCAAUACAAAAGGAAACGGGAGUUCGCCCCGAAAGGCAGAAACUCCUUAAUUUGAAAUUAAAAGGAAAAAUUCCUGGCGAUGAUUGCCAAAUAGGGACACUGAAGCUGAAACCAGGUUUUAAAGUAAUGAUGAUGGGUUCGCUUGAAGAAGAUAUUGCCGAUGCUAGUGUUCCUCCUGAAGACAUACCAGAAGUCAUUAACGAUCUUGACAUUGAAGAGGAAGAAGUAGCCAUUGAGAAUAAAGAGGUGUACCUAGCCAAAAUUGACAGACGUAUCCGUGAAUACAAAGUUAAUAUUCUCAACUCACCAAGGGCUGGGAAAAAGCUACUUGUCCUAGAUAUUGACUACACUUUGUUUGAUCACCGGUCAACUGCAGAAACUGGAUAUGAAUUGAUGAGGCCAUUUUUGCAUGAAUUCCUAACAUCAGCGUAUCAAGACUAUGAUAUUGUUAUAUGGUCAGCAACAAGUAUGAAGUGGAUAGAAGAAAAAAUGAAGCUUCUUGGUGUGUCAACUCACCCUGAUUACAAAAUUGCUUUCUAUUUAGAUAGUUUAGCAAUGAUAUCAGUACACACUCCAAAAUAUGGAGUUGUGCAGGUGAAACCACUUGGUGUUAUUUGGGGAAAGUUUGAUCAGUACUCUUCUAAAAAUACUAUAAUGUUUGAUGAUAUACGACGAAAUUUUUUAAUGAAUCCUCAUAAUGGAUUAAAAAUACGGCCGUUCAAGCAAGCUCAUUUGAAUAGAGAUAAGGAUCGAGAACUCCUCCGGCUUGCAAAAUACCUGCAAGACAUAGCACACGAGGAAGAUUUAUCAAGUUUGGAACAUAAACACUGGGAAAAAUAUAAACGUAGGAAACACAAAGGCGUAACAGCUAAAAAAGAUGAAUCCUUGGGAAGUGGAGACAGUGCUGAUACCAGCUAGCAGUGUCUGUUAGUGGUGUAGAUUUUGAGAGGCACAAUUCAACAAUGACCAUUGGAAUAUUGUGCGAAGAAAAGUAGAACUGGACAACAAUUCUUAGUAACUGCAUAGAUUUUAAGUUGUUUCUGUGAUGGAAUAUUGUAAUUUUAGUGCAAAUGCCAGAUGUAUAUGAAAACAGAGUACACUCAGUCACUGGUUUUUCAUACAUGCUGUCAGUUUUGUGGAAGAAAAAACCCUAGCCAUACUUGCACUUUAAUUUAUUUUCUGAGGCAGUUUUCAGUGUGUGUUAUUAUGAUGAUCAGUUUAUUUAAGCUGGAUGUAGACUGUCACAAUUUGAACCUUGGCAAGAAAUGAAUUGUAAAAAUGCUUCUGCCUUUUUAACUUCCCGACAAAACAUUUGUGCCUAAGUAAUCUUGAAUGGUGUUUGUAAGUGAACUUUAAUUUCUUUUUGUGCUUGUUUCUCUGAAUUGGAAUUUGUGUAUCUCAUUCCGUGCAAAUAUAAUUAAAAAAAAAAAAUUUCUAGGGCAGGACACUUUAAGACACUGAAUGGAUAAUGUGCAAAUAUUAGCUUUGGAUGAUAGAGAUAAAUUUGUUAUGAAUAGUAUAAAUAAACAUCAAAGGAAGUGGGAGUUGUACUUCUACAUGGUUGAUUUUUGUAUAAUAAUGCAAACCUCUUUUGAAAAGAUAUUCUUGGGUCAGAUUUUUAAGCGCUUUGUGUAUACCUUGCUUUCAUAAUAUGUUGCCUUUCCACGUAGACGGGUUGUUAUACAAAGAAGAAUCCAGUCCUUAGUCUACCUGCAAAAGAUUUGUACUGCAUGGGGAAAAGUCUCUAAGGAUAAGCUCCACAAGAGGCAUAUUAAGACUGUUCCAGAUGCGUUUAUUACAUUUGUCAUGUUCAGUUUGACUUGUCACCAGAAUUCAAACUGCCAAAAGUUCUUGAAUGAAGAACUAUAUUUGUAUAAGCAGUUGAUGGCAAAAAUCCAAAAUCACAAAGGUAUAAUACGACAUGGAAAGAAUAUUGUUUUAGCUGAUGGCAUGGGACCAAUUCACAAUACAGUAAAUAUUUCCUGGCUUUAUAGUUAAAAAUUAAGGAUGUUAAAAGAGUUUCGUUAGCAGUGUUACUGUUACUUAAUUUUAAUUGUUGAUUAAUUUUACAGCUGUCCAGAUUUUCUAAGUUUAUUUUGUAAAGAUACUGAAUGAAUGUGAAGAGGUGAA